GCAGCUGAGCACUCAGCGAGUUAUAGGCGCACACGGAGAGAAGGAGCAGCACAUCCUAAAGCCACUCCGAUGGAAAGUUAUGCGGAAUGCUGAGUCUGAGGAAUUCUCCCAACCAUUCCUUUACUCCAGACUCAAUGAUACAUCGAAGGAAGUACAUUUUUAACUUGGAAAAUUACAUGAGGACGGAAUAAAACACAGCCGUCUGUCCAACUCUCGCACAUCAAUAGUUCAAAAGUGUUUUUGGACGUCUGAAUGCACAGAAGGUGAGAAAUAGUCGACUUAACCCUCAGCGAUCGAGAUUGCAGAAGAUUGGAUGCCCGUUUUUAAACUUCCUGCGCAAUUAUGGGCUAUAACAAGGUGUGCGUGGCGUCGGUUGGGGCUGUUGUCGUCAUCACGCUCAUCAUUAUUGUCACGGCAAUUUACGUCAACAGGAUUGAUUCUGGAUCAAAGAGAACAUAUUCUUUUGAUGAUUUUUACAAUGAUACCAUCAGGUAUAAAAAAUACAAUCUCCGCUGGAUAUCAGACAAUGAAUACCUCCACAAAACCAGUGAAGGUCAUGUCUACCUGCACAAUGCUGAAACUACGUCGAGCUCAAUAUACCUGAACAACACAACAUUUACCCAAGUGGAUGCCACAGAUUACAUAGUGUCAGCAGAUAGAAAAUUUGUCAUCUUUGAGAGCAAUUACACACAGCAAUGGCGGCAUUCCUUUACUGCCUCCUACCAUAUUUACGACAUGGGCUCUCAGGAAUUCAUCUCUAAGGUUUCGAUUCCGCCUGUUACGCAACUCAUAGUUUGGGCACCGACAGGAAAUAAACUGGCUUAUGUAUGGAAUUAUAAUAUUUACCUCAAGAUGAAGGCCACUGCUGAGGCCAUACAAGUCACACAUAAUGGAAAAGUGAAUGAGAUUCUAAAUGGAAUACCAGACUGGGUUUAUGAAGAGGAAGUCUUUGCCUCCAACGAAGCCAUUUGGUGGUCUCCGCAGUCGAAAUAUCUGGCUUAUCUUCAAAUUAAUGACUCAGGAGUUCACAACAUUGAGUACUCGCAGUAUGGAAAUGACCAGUACCCCACCACAAUAUUUAUCCCCUAUCCAAAGGCAGGCUCCAUUAUUCCCAGAGCGAAGCUGUUUGUGAUUGAUGUUGAAAAUCCAUCCAAACUCUCCGAGGUGGCGGUACCGAAAUCCAUCGGCUCUGGCGAUCACUACCUGAGCUCAGUCACAUGGGUCACAGAUGAGCGACUGGCGGUUCAGUGGCUGCCGCGCAGACAGGAUCAAGUUCUUCUGCAGAUUUAUGACUAUGAUGGCACUAAAUGGAAAGAGAACUCGAAAUUUGAGCAAAAGAGCAAAACUGGAUGGGUCGGACGGUACUUCCCUUUACCUCCUUACUUUGCUGCAGAUAACAUGAGCUUUUACAAAGUUAUGAGUAAUGACAAUGGCUAUAAGCAUCUUCACUAUGUGAACGGUGGAAAAGCAACACCCAUUACCUCAGGCAAAUGGGAAGUGAUAUACAUCUCAAAGUUAACCAAAGAUGCUAUAUACUAUGUGAGUAAUGAGCACAUGGGAAGACCUGGCCAGAGGAACCUUUACAAGAUUUCUUUCACUAAGAGCGGUCAUUCUGCGGCUGAGUGCCUCACCUGUUCUCUGUAUCAGGACAGGUGUCAGUAUAACUCUGCUUAUUUCAGCAUUAACGCCUCAUACUUCCGCAUGGACUGCUACGGUCCUGGGCUUCCGCUCUUUACACUAAUGGAGAACAGAGCCGCUGCUAAAGAGAUUCAGGUGCUUGAGGAAAACAAGAAACUGGAAAAGAUUCUGACUGCUGAACUUCUGAUGCCAACCAUCAAACGCGCCACAUUAAAGAUUGCAGGAUUUACCCUCUGGUAUCAAAUGAUGUUCCCACCAAACUUUGAUUCCUCCAAAAAGUACCCUCUUUUAAUACAAGUGUACGGAGGUCCAUCCAGCCAGAACACGGACUAUGUCUUUCGCCUGGAGUGGGCGACGUACCUGUGCAGCACAGAGAAGGUGAUCAUCGCCAGCUUUGAUGGCAGGGGAAGUGGUUACCAGGGUGAUGAGAUAAUGCACGCCAUCUACGAGCGACUGGGAACGUAUGAGGUGGAAGAUCAGAUCUCAGCAGUGAGAAAAUUCAUUGAAAUGGGUUUCAUUGACAAAAAGAGGAUUGCGAUGUGGGGUUGGUCAUACGGUGGCUAUGUGACCUCUAUGGUUUUGGGAUCAGGAAGUGGACUGUUCAAAUGUGGAAUAGCUGUUGCUCCUGUUGCUAAGUGGGAGUAUUAUGAUGCUGUAUAUACAGAGAGAUACAUGCAUCGUCCUGAAGAAAACUCUGAAAGCUAUAAAAAUGCCACUGUGACUGGCAGGGCAAAAUUUUUUAAAUCUGUGCAGUAUAUGCUGGUACAUGGAACUGCAGAUGACAAUGUCCACUUCCAGCAGGCUGCCCAGAUUUCCAAAGCCUUGGUGGAAAAUCAAGUCGACUUUGAAGCAAUGUGGUACACUGAUAAGGAUCACAGCUUGUCUGGAAAAGCCCGAUACCAUCUCUACACACACCUGAACCACUUUCUGCAGAAGUGCUUUACUGAGAAGAAAUAAAAUGACAUAUUGAUGCGUUAUGAGACUGUUAAUGACAGAUGCUUUCCAUGUUAAUCUGUAUAUAAAACAGAAUUAAGAAGCUUAUCUUAAUGUCAAGUACAUUGACACUUAAGAUUAGUUUGAUUGUUUUUUACUUUUCUUAAUAUGUGAACUUUGUACUAGCAGUUUUUUUUAUCAUUAUUAUUAUCAAAUUGCUGUGAUGUUUAUACUAUGAAUGUGACCUGGUAUGAAUGUAGUUUAUGUCUCAGAUUUUUGCCCUGUUUUGUAAUGUUUUUAUUCACAGUGUUUUAUAUGGUCAUGGGACUUGAAAACACGGAUUACCUGAAACAUUGUAGAUUUGAGUACAUUGUCUUUUAACUCAUUGUUUUAUAUUUCGUAUAUCCAACUGAAGAAAGUAAUUAUUUCUGUCUGAUGAAUUUCUCCAAUGUUUCUUCUUAAAGACAUUUUUGCGUAUUGUAUGUUAUACAGUAAUAGCCUACAUCAUGUAUCAUUUUAUGUGGUGAAAGGGAAAAUAUUAGGCUUUCGGCAUCUGCUGGUUAAACAAUUAAAAUGCAUGACAAAAGGAAGUUGCCGAGCAGAUGUAAAUUCAGCCUUGAUUUCAGUCUAAAUCACUGAUGGGAGAGUUGCAGAAAAGAUUUUAGCCAUUCUAGAAUUUUCACAAACUAACAGUUUGAUUAGCCACGCCCCGUCUUCCCAAAACCCGCACUCAAAAGAUACCAAAUGAGCUUUAUUGAAGGUGAAAUCAAGCAGGAGCGGUUGUCAAAAACAACAGCAGUAAAAUAGCGCCCUCUACUGACAACUGUUAUGAGCAACAUGCAAGGCUGGACUGGUAAUCUGGCAUACCGGGCAUUUUCCCGGUGGACCGAUGAACUUUGGGGCCGAUCAGGGACGGACUGGCCAUCGGGAGAACCGAGUAGGGCUGGUGGGUCGGCUGCGAAAUCUGCCGAAUGGGCCGCGAUAAGCUAAAAUGAGCCGCCACGUUAUGCAUAACGGACAACAAAACGGUCCGUGGACCGUGCUCUCGGACACUUUCGCACUGACAAUCAUUUUGCGUGUUCUCGUAUUGUAGUUUCGGCUAAUUAUUGAGGCUUAAUGCCAUGUUUAUGUCAUGUAGUUAAUAACAGUUGCCAGUUGAGGGCGCUAUUUUGCUGCUGUUUUUUUUUUACAUUUGUUUCUGCACAAUGUCCGUCUCAAUAAAGCUCAUUUGGUAUCUUUGGAGUACAGUGUUUUGAAAAGAGGGGGCGUGGCUAAACCUACGGCUCAGUCUCGUGGACGUAGAACUGCUAUAAUAGAAACAAUAAUAUUUUUGUAAUGUGCCAAGUUGAAAGGUCCCCUACAUUUAUAGCAUCAUCUGAGAGACAGUUUCUUUCAUAGCAUUUAAUUUUUUUAACUAAAAUAUGCCUAAAUGAAUCAGAAUCGAAUCGUGAAAUCUUUAUCGAUACACUUAUUACCAAAUAAAAUUAGUACAUGCAGAGGAAGGACUCUAAAAUGACACUUUAUGAAAAUGUAUAAACUUUCUCUAUAUAUUCAAUCUUUAUCAUGAGUUUUAUAAAAUUGUAAACAAAAAGUGAAAAUCAUAAAAAUGAUGAAGCAAAUAAAAAUGGACCACAUGACGCUCUGUGGUUGUCAAAUAUUAGAGGAAAUUAAUUCAUGAAAUGUGUCUUAACGUGUGUAAAUGCCUCUA